ACACACUCUUUUGGUCGUCGUCGUCGUAAUUUAUGUUGAUCUUCCUUGACAAGGCGCGAACCCAUUCUGCCAAAACCCAGCCGCUGAGCCUCCGAGCCGCCGCCGGUUUCUCAGCCGCUGAAACCCCUUUUAUUUGGUUGCCCUUUUGCUUUUGCAUCUAAAACAAAACCGACUUCAAGUCAGAACAGCCGCUCCCAAUGGAGCCGCCGCCGUUACAUAUAAAAACACCUCGGAAUUCCAAGAAGAAGCGUUUGUCUUCCGAUAGCGGUUCUGGGUGCAUGGAUUCCGAGGACGUCGUAGAGAUUUCGCCUCCGGCUACUCCGAUUACCCGGGCCCCGAAAUUUCAGAAGCUCAAACUCAAAGAGGUUCUUCAGUAUGAUGUGAUUGAAAUUGACGAAGAUGAAGAUCCAGUCGCUGCAAUGAUUAUCGAUGAUAGAGUUGAUAGAAGUGGCAAAGGGAAGGCAAUAAGAAGCUCUUCAGAUGGCUACCAUGAUCAUCAAGAUAAGUAUUUUCAGGAAGCUGAGGUCAAUAGCUAUUUUGGCCCUCCUGGUAUGACAACCCCUGGGUCAGCGAAUGGGAUUGAAGCUGCUAAGAGUUUUGUCCCAGCUAACGUGAUCAACUUAGAUGGUCAUACUUCUGAUUUAUCAUAUGAAGAUGACGACUUUGCUGAUUUUUUCUUGAUGAGUUUAUGGACGUCGAUGAGUAUGCCCAAUUGCAAGCCCAUUUUGAUAAUGUGGAUAUCCCCCCUGGAAUAGAGGCACCUAUUCCUUGGUUGUCUGAUCCUUCUAAAAGUAAAGUUAAAUCAAUUUCUGGAAUUAUUUCUGUCGAUAAGACAUUUCAAAUGCAACCAGAGCCUGAUCAUUUCAGCAAGAAGCCACUUUUUAGGGGUAGUUCAAGCUUGAAGACCCAAAUUGAUAGUACUGCCCACCCACCUGAAGUGAAUCUAUCAUCAGCAUGGAAACUUCCAAAAACUGCCAGGGGUAAAAAGAAACAACCUGCUUUGCAACAUCAAGGGAGUGCUCCUAAUUUCCCAGUUGGUAAAGAGUCAUCAAAGUCUCAAUGGCUUUUAGGACUCCAGCCCAAAAAGAAGCUAGCUUCUUCAAAUGGUUCAACGAAUCACUUUGAUGCAAUGAAGCUUGGUUCCGAAGCUGACACAUCUUCUGCAUCGUAUUUUCAUAACAUUCUAAAGAAAAAGGGUUCAAGUGCUUCUUUUAAACCCAUGCCCGUUCCUGGGUGGCCUGGGCCCAUUUCCAAAUUUAAUACCAUGCCAUUUAAUUCAAGCUUCUACGAUCCAUUGGGUUCAGCAUAUCCUCCUGGGGAAGUAGCAGGUAGUCCUUGGAUUCCUAAUGCGCAAAUUCAGAAUAAUCUUGUUCCAGGAGGCAUUUCAACAAGCCCUGGGAGGAAAAUUUCUGCCAUGGAAAUGGAUGAAAUUAUACUUAAGUUUCAGGGUUUCAAACAAUUUGAUACAGUUGAAGAUCAUUCAGACCAUCACUAUAUUAAGCGUGGUUAUUCAACAAAGCAGCCACCAAAGAAUUGGGCAAAGAGAAUUCAGGAAGAGUGGAAGAUCCUGGAGAAGGAUUUGCCUGAUACAAUAUUUGUUAGAGCUUAUGAGACAAGAAUGGAUCUUUUGAGAGCUGUAAUUAUUGGGGCGGAGGGUACUCCUUACCAUGAUGGUCUCUUCUUCUUUGAUGUUUGCUUCCCCAGUGGCUAUCCCAAUGUACCACCGAAUGUUUACUACCACUCUGGUGGCCUUCGAUUAAAUCCAAAUUUGUACAAUUGUGGAAAAGUAUGCCUCAGCCUUCUUAAUACCUGGUCUGGGAACAAGAAUGAGAAGUGGCUCCCGGGUGUGUCAACCAUGCUACAAGUUUUGGUCUCUAUACAAGGGCUUAUCUUGAACACAAAACCCUACUUUAAUGAGCCUGGAUGUGCAAGUAUGAAUGGUUCAGAAGCUGGUGAAAAGAUGUCCGAGGAGUACAAUGAGAAUACAUUCAUCCUUUCGUUAAAGACAAUGGUGUACACCAUGAGGAAACCUCCAAAGCAUUUUGAGGAUCUUGUCCUGGGCCAUUUCUACAAUCGUGCUCGUGACAUUCUGGUGGCAUGCAAAGCAUAUAUGGAUGGUGCUCAAGUGGGGUGUCUGGUCAAAGGUGGUGUUCAAGAUGUUGAUGAGGGUGACAAGAGCUGCUCACAGCGGUUCAAGGGUUCUGUUGCCGACCAUCUGCCUAUGCUCGUCGCGGAGUUCACAAGAAUCGGGGUCAAGGAUUGUGAGAGAUUCAUAUCACCAGCAACAUCUGAGAACAACCAAACUGCGAGUAUGCCUCAGGCUGCAACAUCAAUGAUUUCAUGUUGAAAAAGUGAUUUUUCAAGACCUCGACUCUUAUGUCAAACAUCUAAGAGGUGAGAUUUUUUUGGUCAAAAAGUUUUAAACUUAAUUAUUAGAGCGUCUUUCAUGGAAUCUAUCCGGUCGGCGUAAAUAUGUUUUGGGAUAAUGUAUAUAGCAUGGAUGGGAUUGCUCUGAACUGAAACUUCCAUUCUGCAAUUGUCGGCCCGGAAUAUAGUUUUACUGAAAUGGUCAAGCUGAAAAUCCGGCCUGAAUUUUCAUCAAACUUUUCGGUAACUAAUUGUAGAGGAGUAGAAAUUCCAGAUCUUUAGAAUCUUAUUAUGAAAUGAACCUAUUUUUCGGUUUCUC